CGGCAGAGACGCUAUGCAUACGCUAAUGAGUUAGCCAUCUCCUAUAACACGUUGUCCAGGCAACGCCCCCCGGAGUCUAUUGAUGACACUGACCGCCUCCUGAAACCUGAUCCCGGGGACGACGCGCUGCCAUGGACGAAUCUGCCACAGUGGAGCACUAUAAGGCCGCCAUGCUGCUGAGUGGCGUUGGAGAUGCUCUGGGCUACAGGAACCAGCUGUGGGAGUUCAAUGAUUCUGGGCCAGAGAUUCAAAAGGAGCUGAAGAAGCUCGGUGGUCUGAAGAAGAUCAAAGUUGAGCUCCCCAACUGGCCGGUGAGCGACGACACGGUUCUGCAUCUGGCAACGGCUGAAGGACUGGCGACUGGAAAGGGAGGAGAGGAUCUCCUGCAUGAGGUGGCAGCUCGGUACGUGGAGGGGAUGAAGGACAUGGUGGGGAGGGCACCAGGGGCUUCCACCAUCCGGGGAGUUUCCCAGCUGAAGCCUGGACAGGAGGGAGGCUACAGAGUGAAAUAUAACCCCCAUGGAGCCGGCUGUGGUGCAGCCAUGAGGUCCAUGUGCAUCGGCCUGAGGUACCCGAAGCCUGACCAGCUGCAGUCGCUGGUGGCGGUUGCCGUGGAGACGAGCAGGAUGACCCACCCUCACCCGACUGGUUUCCUGGGAGGCGUGGCGUCGGCCCUCUUCGCCUCGUACGCCGUCCAGCGCAGGCCGAUCACGACUUGGGGUCUGGGCCUGAUCAACGAGGCCUGUCCAAUAGCAAAGAGCUUCGUCCAGAGUCAAGGCUACGCAGUGGAGGAGACGGAGAGGGACUGGAGCUACUUCUGUGACAAGUGGCAGUGGUACCUGGAUCUGCGGGGCCUCUCUAACGGGGUCGGCCCUGUGAUCUGGCCCUCUUCCUACGGCCCUGCUGAGCGAGACGAAGCCUACAAGAGCUUCAGUUGGUCGGGUUGGGGGGGAAGCAGCGGCCACGACGCUCCAAUGAUCGCGCUGGACGCCCUGCUGGGAGCAGGUCCAGACUGGGAGGAGCUGAUGAGCAGAGGAGCUUUCCAUGGAGGCGACAGCGACAGCACUGCCGUGAUCGCCUGCUGCUGCUGGGGUCUCCUCUACGGCACAAAGGGGGUCCCUGAACGCAACUACUCCAAUCUGGAGUUCCGGGACCGACUGGAGCGCAGCGGCGAGCAGCUGUACGCUCUGUCACACUGAGAUGGCUGCCACAGCCUGCUGCACUGUGCCGAGAAGCAUGGAGGUAUGGGAUCCCAGAAUGAAAAACAGGGGUGAGACUGGCAGAAAAACAGCUACAUAAUGGACCAUUGUGAUAUUAUAACCUGCAAUUAUAAUAAAUGACUUCUCUUUGGGAAUGAACAGCAUGGCUCAACCUGAAGACAGAACAAAAAUAAAACAUUAAAUAUAAAAUCUU